AUGCGUCGCACAGCAGCCCUUGCGCCCAUCUCGCAGCCGAGGCGCUGCGCUGGAGAAGCGCACCUGUUCUCUCUUCCUCCACGACGAGUUCGACCGACCCUACGAGACCCGCAAACACUACCCGCUAUCCCUACACGACCCGCAAAUACUCCGCGCUUCGCCGAUCCGCACGUUCCUCCACGCUCGCCGCCUCACCCCGACCCGCAUAGCGACCUCGCGCUUCUCGUCGUCAACCGGAGGAGCCAGGAUAUGCUCAGCAGGGUCGGUCUCAAGGCGCUGGGCGCUGCCGGUGUCUCUAUCGUCCUCGCCAUCGCGCUGAGCGCACCUCAAGUCUCGGCUCGCGACCUCAACAAGUGCCCGCUCGGAUACGCCUCGUGCAGCGGCAUCAAGGACGUCUCUCCGGUCUGCUGUCCGGAAGGUUGCUCGUGCGCGAGGGCGGAGGAAGGUUACGCCUACUGCCUCAGCCAGAACGGCGGGACCUCGAGGGAGUCGCCAUGCUGCGUCGCCGAUACCUACUGCGCGCAGGUCCAGCCGAGCUGGCCAAUCUGCGACCGCUCGCCUCUGCGCAGCGAAGGUCCUCCUCGCCGUCCGACGUCGUCUGUCGCCGCCCAGCCCGCCGCCUCGAACCGCAACCGUGUCGCCAAGUUUCCCUUGACCGGCACUGAGAUCAACUUUCCUCCCGCCUUCGGUUCCGCCGGUUCGACCUCGACAAACGGCGACGAUUCGAGCGACUGGUUCGACGAUGACGACGACAGCACCGGAAACGCUGCCAAGGCGUCGCCGGGCCGCAACGCCCAGAGUCCCGCUUCAGUUGGAUCGACUGGUCGCAACGGCGCCGACUACGCCUCCAGCGCGCCCUCCUCGCCCGGUUCGACGUCGCCUUCCAUGUCCUCCGACUACAGCAGCCGUCGCCCGUCCGGCCCGCCCAUGAUCAGCAAGCUCGAUGAGCUGCGCCUCUCGCCCGACUGGGACGUUCACGCUGCGCCGCAAACGAGGGAGUACUGGUGGACCAUCGCCGAGCACCCGGGAGCGCCGGAUGGAUACUUGCGUCCCAUGCUUCUCGUCAACGGACAGUUCCCCGGACCGCUCAUCGAGGCGAACAACGGCGACUUGAUCGUCGUCCACGUUCAGAACUCGCUCGACCAGCCAAUCACGAUCCACUGGCAUGGACUCACGCAGAACGGCACGAACUGGGAGGACGGUCCGUCGGGCGUCACGCAGUGCCCGAUCGGAAGCGGACAAUCGUACACGUACCAGUUUCCGAUCACGGGCGAGCUCGAGUACGGGACCUUCUGGUGGCACGCCCAUCGCCGCGCCCUCUACAGCGAUGGCAUCACCGGUCCGCUCAUCAUUCAUUCCUCCCUCGACCCGCUCGUGCGCGGCCGCGACUUUGACAUCGACCAGAUCAUCUUCAUCAACGACUGGUACCACGACACGACCGACACGAUCGUAAACUCGCUGCUGUCGUCGCAAGGCUACAAUUCGAGCUUCGUUGCGCCUUCGCCCCAGUCCGGCCUCGUCAACGGCGUCGCGAUCUACAACUGCCAGUUUGCCGACCGCGGCUCGACUUGCGAGCAGCGGACGCAGCGCGACAUGCCUGAACUCCGCUUCCCGCCCGACGCUCGAGUCCGCCUCCGCUUCAUCAACGCCGGCGCGCACCCCGUCAACUGGGUUUCGGUCGACGAGCACGAGCUGUACAUCGUCGAGGCCGACAACACGCCGACGCUACCCGUUGCAGUCCAUCGCAUUCCUGUCAACGUCGCGCAGAGAUACUCGGGCGUCCUCCUCACCUCCGGCCACCGCAUCGGCGACUCGUUCUACCUCCGCGCGCAAAUCAAUACGGCUUGCUUCGGCGCUGGCUUUCCCGACCUUGACCCGCAGACUCGCAUCGUCAUCCGCAUCGCUGAUGAGGGUCACCGACUCGCAAGGACGCUGCCGAGGAGCCGCGACUGGAACGACCCGACGACUGGCAACUGCACUGACCUCGACGAGAGGCUGCUCGAGCCAAUCGUCGUCCAGCACGCUCCGCCUCAAGCCGACCAGAUCUCGUUCUUCAACUCGUCGCGAAUCGGACCUCUCACGACGACCGAUGAAGCGGGACUCAGCGACGGCAUAAGCUUCCUCGAAUGGACGCUCAACAAUAUCACCUACGAGAACUUUGCCUACAACCCGCUCCUCCACCAGAUCGUCCGCGGCGAGGAUCCGAACACCGGUCGCAUCGCCUUGAUCACAGCUUGGAACGUCGAGACCGUCGACAUCGUCAUCCAGAAUCUGAACGGACCGGAGCAUCCCUUCCACCUUCACGGCAAACCGUUCUGGAUUAUGGCGCGCGGUCAAGGAAGCGUCGGGCCCGAGACGAUCGCUUCUCUCGACCUGAACACCUACAACCCUCUCCGUCGCGACACGCUCGGUCUGCCUUCGGGCCAAUGGGUGCUCAUCAGGCUCGUCGCCGACGUUCCGGGCGUGCACGCCUUCCACUGUCACAUCGUCUUCCACCAAGCGCAAGGUCUCUUCGGCGCUUUGGUCAUCCAGCCCGACGUGAUCCGCAACUUCAAGAUCCCGGAGGCGAACUACCAGCUCUGCGCGCAGGGCAACCCGAACAUGAUCGACCCGGGUCGCCGUCGUCGUCUACGCAAGCGUCUCUUUGACCUGCCGCACCUCGACCUCCUGCACCACCACAGCAAGACGUCGACGACUACGUCUCCUCAACCGACGCACACUGUGAUCCACGCACAGCAGCACGACGAGAAGACGGCUUCGCAGUCGACUAUGACCCGCUCCGUCCUUGGCUAA